AUGGCUAAUUUUGAAGGCAUUGAGCUGCCGGUGCUGUCAGAGACAGAUGAAGAAUCAUAUGAUGCACCCCUGGAUUCUAAAUUCAGAAGUUUCGCAUCCAAGACAAAAAGUGCAUCAUUUUCUAUUCCUAUGAGCUCCUUGGAGUCAUAUGGGAGAGAAACUAGUCUUGUGGGACAUACUGGUCCACUUUUGAGAGAGAGAAAAACUCCUUUUAUGCAGAUGAGUGGUCCACUAUAUGAUAACCGUGGAACUGGAAAUAUUUUGCAACAGAGAAUAGCUGUAACAGGAGAAAAAGAAGAAGAGAGCAAGACAGAAAAUUUUUCUACUUUCCGUAGCAUAGGUUCAAGUUACUGGAACAACAACUAUAAUGAUAAGAAUGAACACUUAAUGAGGUCAGGGCGACUAGGAAUGUGUAAUGAUCCUUAUUGUACUAUUUGCCCCACUUACUUCAACCCUUCUAAGCCAAGAAAUCCAAAAGUUUCCACUACAUUUGAUCCCAAGUUCCGCAAUGUUCUUUACGGCGAUGCCAAAGGUUUUGCAAGAAAACUUUUUUCUUUCUGCUCUUCAUGUGUUCCUGGAGUUAUGAACCCUCACACAAAAUUCGUACAAAAAUGGAACAAGAUUUUGGCUAUUUGUUGCUUGGUGGCAAUUUUUGUGGAUCCUUUAUUUUUCUUUGUACUCUAUGUGGAGCAGGAUUAUAAUUGUAUUGUUAUCAACUGGAGAUUGACAAUAGCACUUGCUAUUCUUAGAAGCAUGAAUGAUUUUGUAUAUUUCUGUAACAUUCUUCUCCAGUUUAGGUUGGCUUAUGUUUCUCCUGAGUCGAGAGUGGUUGGUGCUGGAGAUUUAGUUGACCAACCUAAGAAAAUUGCUCUUAAUUACUUGAAGAGUUAUUUUCUUUUUGACUUAUUUGUUGUAGUUCCUCUACCUCAGAUAAUGAUAUUGGUUGUCUUGCCAAAUUCCUUGGGGGGAGCAAAUUCUGCUAAGAAUCUUCUGCGAGCAUCAAUCCUGGUGCAAUAUAUUCCCAGAUUAUUCAGGUUUCUGCCACUGCUAAUUGGCCAGUCUCCAACAGGAUUCAUAUUUGAGUCAGCCUGGGCAAAUUUCACAAUAAAUCUUCUCAUUUUUAUGCUAUUUGGCCAUGUUGUUGGCUCUUGCUGGUACCUCUUUGGUCUACAGAGGGUUAAUCAAUGUUUGCGAGAUGCGUGCCGUAAUUCUAAUAUACCUGGAUGCCUGAAAUUGAUUGAUUGUGGGCGUGGCUAUGAUGGAAACAAUCAAGCUGGCCUAACAUCAGCUCAAUGGAACAACAACACAGAUGCCAUUAAUUGUUUGAAUCCCACUACCAGUAGUGGUUUCCCUUCCACUGGUGGUGAUUUUAAUUAUGGGAUCUAUUUUCCUGCUGUACAACUUAUUACAGAAAAUAAUGUGAUCAACAAAUACGUGUUUUCUUUGUUUUGGGGAUUCCAGCAAAUCAGUGUUUUUGCUGGUAAUAUGGUCCCUAGCUAUUUUGUGGGGGAAGUCCUUUUUACUAUUGCCAUCAUAGGAUUGGGACUCUUACUUUUAGCUCUUCUCAUUGGGAACUUUCAGAACUUUAUUCAGUCUCUUGGACGCAGGAGGCUAGAAAUGCAACUUAGAGCAAGUGAUGUUGAGCAAUGGAUGAGCCAUAGGCGCUUACCAGGAGAACUAAGAAGGAGAGUACGACUGGCUGAACGGUAUAAUUGGGCUGCAACAAGAGGUGUGAAUGAAGAAAUGCUUCUUGAGAAUUUGCCAGAAGAUCUCCAGAGAGACAUAAGACGUCAUCUCUUCAGCUUUGUUAAGAAAGUUCGAGUUUUUGCCAUGAUGGAUGAGCCUAUCUUGGAUUCCAUUUGUGAGAGACUAAGACAAAAGACAUACAUCAAAGGGAGUAUGAUUUUGCGUCAAGGUGGUCUGGUAGAGAAUAUGAUAUUUGUGGUGCGUGGGAAAUUGGAGAGCAUAGGAGAAGAUGGAACUAGAGUUCCCUUAUCAGAAGGAGAUGCUUGUGGUGAAGAACUUCUGAGAUGGUAUCUUGAACAUUCUUCAGUCAGCUCAGAUGGUAGAAAAGUAAGGCUUCCAGGACAGAGGUUGCUUAGCAACAGGACAAUAAUCUGCUUAACAAAUGUGGAAGCCUUUUCACUAAGAGCUGCUGACCUUGAAGAAGUCACAAUCCUUUUUACAAGGUUCUUGAGGAGUCCACUAGUUCAAGGAGCCAUAAGGUAUGAAUCACCUUAUUGGAGAUCACUUGCAGCAGCCCGGAUUCAAGUUGCAUGGAGAUACAGGAAGAAACGUCUAACUCGUGAUAAUUCCUCACUAUCAGAUUAA